AUGAGGGUGUUGUUAUGCCUUGCCCUACUCAUCCCGUUAUUCGAUGGGAAACACAUUGGGCUGCACGGGCUUGAGACCGGGGAACACCGGGGAUUUGUGGGCCAAGAAGUAAUCAACGCACCUUGGAAUAUCUCCUGCAAAAUCCCGAUCUGCGAGGGUCCACUCCAAAAUAUUUACUGUACUGGCAAUAUCGUGCAAUAUGCAUGGAGAUUUGGGGUAUACGACACUUGCCCCGGUCCGAUCCUUCGAUUCGAGCCGGAUAUUGUGUUGGCGAAUUUUGAGAGCCUCCAGCUCCCCAUCGAGAAGGAAACGUUUGUAAAAUUUUGCGAGGACAAUUUCGAGCGGAGAAGCUAUCUGGAGCUGACCAGACUGCAUGAUUUUGUGGAAAAUGCAACUUUUUUGGAGAAGAUCAAAGAUCCGGCGAUCAGGAAAUUUGCAUUUGAGGUUAAUAAAAGGUGGUCAACGUUGGCACGUCGCUUUGUGCCAGAGAUGCGAAAUAUGACGAGUCGAUUGCCGGUUUUAACUGUACCAAAUCCAUUCAUCGUACCUGGCGGAUUCUUUCAAGUCUAUUUCUAUUGGGACUCGUAUUGGAUUAUGAAAGGGCUUUUGGUUUCAAACAUGACCGAGACGGCCAAGGGGAUACUUGAGAAUUUUGCGUAUGUCCUGAAGACGCAUGGGUUUUUGCCAAAUUCGGGAAAUAUUCAAUUAUCGCGACGAACCCAGCCCCCGCUUUUCGUCCAAAUGCUAGAUGACUAUUUCACCGCUACCAAAGACAAAGAUUUUCUACGCCUCAUGAUGCCGCUAGUCGAAAUUGAAAUGGAUUUCUGGAUGCGGAAUCGAACUAUUCAGGUUUUGGACAGUAAUGGCAAGAAUAGGACGAUGUAUUUGUACAGGUCAAUCACGACGUGUCCGCGCCCGGAAAACUACCUAGUUGAUGUGGAUAAUGGUAUUAAUGGAAGUUAUGACCCGGAAGAGAUCUGGAGCAGUGUCGCUUCGGCUUGUGAGAGCGGAUGGGAUUUCUCGUCCCGAUGGUUUGAUCACACGGGAAAACAAGCUUUCACAAAGUACACGAUCCGCACCAACACCAUCCUCCCCGUUGAUGUCAAUGCAUUUAUGACGUGGAAUUUCCGGGCUGUAGCCGGUUUUUACAAAAUUUUAGGUGAUGAAAAGAGUAGCAAUCGCUACCAGCUAAAGUACAAAGAGAUGGCCGAGAAUUUGGCGUUGUUAUGGAACGAGGAGGCUGGGGUCUGGCAGGACUACGAUAUGGCUCAAAAGGCUCAUCGCAACGAUUUCUACCCCAGCAAUGUGUAUCCGUUAUUAGCUAUGGAAGUCGACAAAUCGAAAACCGACAAAAUCCGUGAGUACCUACAAGCCACAAGGGUCUUGGAGUAUCCAGGGGGUAUCCCAAGCACCCUCAAGGUCCUCUCCACGCAACAAUGGGAUUUCCCGAAUGUCUGGGCCCCUAAUGUCCAUCUUUUCGUGGAGGCGUUAAUGAGAACCGAGGACCCAUAUCUACGAGAACAGGCGGUAGAUGCAGCCAGGAGAUUCGUGGUAACCGUUAAAAACGGGUUAAUGAACCCUAAAGCCAACGUGACGGCGACGAUAUGGGAAAAGUACGAUGCAAGAUUUUCGGAUGGGAGCCGAGGAGAUGGAGGAGAAUAUUAUGUACAGGAGGGCUUCGGCUGGACAAAUGGAGCCGUUCUCGAUUUCAUCAACAAAUAUUUUAUGAAUUCCACGAUCAGCAAUGGCAAAUGGACACACCAAAAACCCUACUCGCAAGUCCUUACGGAGGACGAAUUGAACGAGAUCUUUGGAAAUGGCGUCCAUACGGUUGUUAUUGUGGGCUUGAUGGCGGUUUUGAUGGUGCUGAUACUUUGGUUCCUAAUCUUCGGUCUAACUUCUUCAAAAAUCUGUUCCCUACGAAAUCUACUCUAUCAUAACGAAGAGGCAACGCAACGAUUAUUGGGUUCUGAUGAUUCUAGC